CCUUACCUUUAACUGCGGAUUUUAAAAAGCUCGGGCAUGGCUGAGACACUGUUUCUCCUACAGAUGCGUCAGGCCAACAAUUCACAUGGUCCCACAUGCCUACGCAGUCUACAAAGAGAGCGCAUACGCUUGGUUAUAGCCUACAUCAAUUAGACCAUAUUGUAAUCGCAUUACAAUUCAAAUUUGAAUGCCUAUAGCUAAUAUUAAUAUUGUAGAGGAGUCUGCUUUGCUUUAACUCACCUUGUGCUUUGGAUGUAAGGUUCAGAUGCAGUUUAUUCAUACAUAAUUCCUCCUCCCUAACAAAAACUAAGUACGGCUCACAGGCAGGGAGAACUCCUUUAAUCUGAGGCAGGCAAAGAAAAAAGAAAAAACGUUAAUGUAGCCAACAUUGUGUGAUAAAAGAACCCAUAAAGAACCCAUUAACAUAUACCUAUCCAGCUUCAUGCUCACCUGCGCGUAAAUAACAACGAGAAGUAUGUCAAACAUUAAAACGUGUUGCAUUUUGUCAGUCGUUACUCAAACAAUCUUGACAGAUAUAGUAUUUCUGUAGAUGACAAUUCAGAUAAACAAUCCAUUCUAUUAGGACGCUGGAUGCUGAAUUUACCCACUAACGGGAAAAGAAGGUAUUCCCUGAUUGAGUCGAAGUUAUACAGGACGGCAAAAUGAAUUAUCCAUGGUAUAGAACUAUAAUUUGUAAACACUGAAAGUCACAACGAGGAAUGUGAGUGGCCUUUUAGUACUGACACGCGGAGGAUAUCUCCUUCUCCAUCUCCGCCCCCCUGAUCUUCUCCCGCCCCCUUGCUUGUCCCGCUCUGGUCCCGCGGAAGCGUCACUGUGGCAACGAGAAUGUUUGAAAAUGAAUGAAACUACAGCCCUGUUUUUCAUCAUAAUAAAGGCAGUAAUGUAGGCUCGUUUCAAGAUGGCACAAUCGGCACCAGAGACCUUUACAGAAACAUACAGCAAGAAGAUCCUUCUCCCACUGGGACAACUAGUGGAAGAGACCAGAAAAAGAGCUGAUGUUCCCAAUCACCUUCUAGAAACCAAAAUCUGCACCAAGUUAAAGAGUAACAGUGUAAUCCAUGCAGAGCCCUCAGAGCUGCACUUCAGCGGUUUUGAAUUGGGGAAGGAUUACUGCAAGAUCUUGAAAUUAAUCAACAUCUCCUCUGAAGUGAUAAAUAUUCAUAUUCUUUCUACACAAACCAAGUACUUUCAAACAACAUAUUCCAAAAAGUACCGACUAGUCCCAGGACUCUCCUACACUUUGAAAGUGCAAUUUUGUCCUGACGAAUGGCGGUAUUUUUAUGACUGCAUUCAAGUUCACUGUAAGGAAGAAGACAAUCUUGUCAUUCCAGUUCAUGCUUACCCCGUAAUUGAUGACCUACAUAUACCCCCCCACAUCAGCCUCCCUGCUGUUCCCCUGGGAGAGAGAAUCUGUCACGUCAUUCCGCUGAGCUGCAGCUGCCCUGUAGACUUUGAAUUCCAGGUGUUCGUCCUCCAGUCGCACAAGGCCUUCUCUGUCGACCCUCUCACAGGGGUGAUUCCUGCCAAUGGGAAGGUGGACCUGACUGUGGUGUUCAGUCCGUAUCAGUACGGUACCUCUCAGCUCACCUUCCAGGUAGUGCUCUCCCAGUUCAACUCCAAGCCGUGCGUGUGCACCGUCAGUGGAGGCUCCUCACCGCGCCUGGCCAUCAGUCACAAGGAGGGAGGUGAGGGACAGGGGGAGUCAGCUGACAGAGGGAGGCAUCCUCCUAGCCCUCCCAAAAGACCUCCGACCACAACCCAGGUCAAGCUCAGGUCAAUACGCACUCCUGAAAAGCCAAAGAGAGAUGCUCAGCUGUGCCUGGAGAAGAUGCCAGACCUGUCCACUCACACAGGAGUGUCUAAACUGCUUCAGAAAAAAAUGGACAAAAUGAGCAUUAAAGACCUGAGAGAUGCCAUGUCCCAGAACAAACUGAGCGUCCUGACCAGACAGAUGAAGGCGGUCUUCUUUAAGAACAAGAUUCAACAAGACAUCCAGGAAGAGAGGUCUAAUCACCUCAGAUGGCAAGUUCACCUUGGGAAGGAGCCCGUAACGGCUAAGAGCAGGAUGCAGAUUCUGGAGGAGAGGGAAAUGGCAGGUGAUGAAUAUAUGGCCAGUAAGAGAGUGGGGAGGAGUGAGUGGGACUGUGCCCGGGGCCCGCUCAAGCUCUCAGUGAGGAGGGUUGUACGCAACGCAGGACAGAUUCCACAGGCACCAGCCAGCUUGCUAAACGUGGGAGUCGACUCUGGCGCUCCGCUGGAGGUCAGACUUAAGGCUCUGCGUCUCUUCCAGCAGGUGGCCCGGAAGGUUGUGAUUGGAUGCCGUAUGAACAGCAGGUUAGCUUGUCUGAGGAGGCUGACCCUCAGCAUGAAGACACAGUCCACAGCAGAGAGAGCAGAGGAGGAGAGUCUUGGUCCUCUGUGUGCUCCAGGCAGUGUGCGUCCCUUCUCCUUCCCCAUCUUCCACCCUCCACACCUGGCACGUGAGCUUGCUCCUAGCGCUCUGGGCGUAGUUCCUGUGACGCCCAUCGACGUGACGAUCCAGGCUCAUGCUCCGUUCUUCAGCCUCAAGGUUCCCCAACACUACAAACUCAUGGGCUACCAGCCAGUGUGUCCUUUUGAGGCAGCAGCCAAUCACAUGCCCCCAGGCUUACCCAGGACGCUACGCACCGGAGCUGAGGACGAGCUGCUUCCCGCCGUGUUGCCCCCCUCCGCAGAGCUGGACGAGACAGCGGCGUGUCAGGAUGCCCACGGCCUGACCUUCACAGCCCCCCAGGCCCUCGUCGACCCCUCCUACUCACACCCCCUACGGAUCUUUAACCCAGCUCCUGGACUGCACGCCUUCAAGAUGACCCCUCGCUACCUGGAGUGUGACCCGGAGUUCCACCUGUGCCCGCUGCCCAGAUACACCGUGCGGAAGAGCGAGGUGGCGGGCGUACACACCCCCAAGACCCAGAAGAAGUUCCUAGACAGAACGGAUGUGAUCCCUGGGGUCAUGACCUGGAAGGAGUUCCCCUCAGCUGCCCUGGCCUCUUUCAACCACCCUACUCUCACCAGCUACUGGGUCCCGCGCAGGUGUGACCCCUUCAGCAGCGAGCUCCUCCCUGCCGAGGCCCCGGGCCCGCCCCUCAGGGGCCUCCCUGACCACGUCAGGCUGGACCUGCUGGAUGGACCGUGUGAGGGCCCAGCAGGGAUCUCUCUGACCCCGGAGAUGGUCCGAGCAGCCUUCCCCAUGACUGAGAGCCCUCCCUCCAAACACACCAAGAAGGACAGCCACCAGGAGGACACCAGAGAAUUCCGAGAGCGGCAGCUGGAGGUAUCUCUGAGGUGUCAGACCAACAGGCUGGGCUCCAGGGUGACGGCUCGACUCCACACGCUCUGGGCCGUGGCCGGGGCCAGCCCCUCAACUGCACCAAGCAAGAAAUAGCUCUCCAUCAUGAAACACUGUCUGAAUUAAACUUUUAUGACGUUUGACAGUUGAUUCUAAU